ACAUUUAAAAUGUGCCGAUGUGACUGAAUAUGUGUAAAUAUUUACACUGGAUCACUGAACCAAUAGCUGGACAGCUCGCACAUCAAAGCGGAGAUCAGCCAAUCAGAGCUUUCCUGGGCCAAGCAUGGAGAAAGUUUUACUUUGGAAGUAUUUAGUUGGAUGCAACUCUUCUAGUCUUGGACAUUUUUCGACUGGAGAGCUCGCGUAGUUUUGAUUUUUAUUUAUUUAUUUUUUAGUUGGAGCCACUUAGCAGAAUGGCAUCUGGGGCCAGGGACUGUUCGGAAAAGAGCAUCCAGUAUCGGGUGGAUCAUUUAUUAACUGCGGUAGAGAAUGAGCUUCAAGCUGGCAGUGAGAAAGGAGAUCCAACAGAAAGGGACCUUAAAAUCAGUUUGGAUGAAAAUGAACUUUGGCAAAAGUUUAAAGAAUUGACCAAUGAAAUGAUAGUGACCAAGAAUGGCAGGCGCAUGUUCCCGGUCCUAAAGGUGAAUGUGUCCGGUCUGGAUCCAAACGCCAUGUACUCCUUCUUAAUGGAUUUCGUGGCAGCAGACAAUCACAGGUGGAAGUAUGUGAACGGUGAAUGGGUACCGGGGGGCAAACCCGAGCCACAAGCGCCGAGCUGCGUCUACAUCCAUCCAGACUCGCCAAACUUCGGUGCGCACUGGAUGAAAACCUCCGUCUCCUUCAGCAAAGUCAAACUUACCAACAAACUGAACGGAGGUGGUCAGAUUAUGCUGAACUCGCUGCACAAGUAUGAGCCCCGUGUCCAUAUCGUGCGUGUUGGUGGUCCACAGAGAAUGAUCAGCACUCACUCGUUCCCUGAGACACAGUUCAUAGCGGUUACUGCCUACCAGAAUGAAGAGAUCACUUCUCUCAAAAUUAAAUACAAUCCAUUCGCCAAGGCUUUCCUGGAUGGCAAAGAAAGAAGUGAUCAUAAGGACAUAACAGAAGAUGUCAGUGAAGGACAACAGUCUGGCUAUUCUCAAUUAAGUAGCUGGAUUCUGCCAGCCGCAGGGUCUCUCUGCCCUUCUGCAAACCCUCAUGUGCAGUUUGGCAGCCCACUGUGUCUAUCCUCAUCCCAUGGCUGUGAACGCUACUCUACUCUGAGAAGUCACCGGUCCACACCGUACCCCAGCCCAUACGCCCACCGGACGGCCUCUCCCACUAGUUACUCUGACAGCUCCACUUGUCUGUCCAUGCUGUCGUCUCAUGAUAACUGGUCCGGUCUGCAGAUGUCCUCCCACUCCAGUGUGCUCCCGAUGGGUCACAGCUCUCCACCAAACUCAAACACUAGUCAGUACACCAGCCUGUGGUCCGUAGGGAGCUCACCUUUGACCCCAGUGUCUCAGACUGGAAGUAUGAGCAGCAGUCUGGGCUCCCAGUUCCUCCGUGGCUCUGCUGGUCACUACAGCAGCUUGGCUCACCCGGUCACAGCGCCCUCUUCUGGCUCUCCUUUAUAUGACUCCACUGCUGUUCCUGAGGUGCAUGAGGCUUCACAAUAUGACAUUUCAGCACAUGUACGCCUUCCUACAGCCUGGACCCAAGUCACACCACCCUCCUUAUAGGACAUGCACCCUAUUAUUGCUUUCAUGCAAUAGCUUUUGGAACCAUUAUAUAAGUUAAACUGGAUUCUCUGUUUUUGGAGUAAAAUUGACUCGAGUUAUAUAUACAGGUCCUUCUCAAAAAAUUAGC